GGGAAGGAGAUUUACGGUACGAACCGAUCACCGAAGCAUUAAACAUUUAUUGGAGCAGAGGAUUCUCAGCCCAGAACAGCAAAAAUGGGCCUACAAACUUUUGGGUUACGAUUUUCAUAUUGAAUAUAAACCUGGGCCUUCAAAUGCAGUGGCAGAUGCACUAUCCAGGGUAGAAGUUUUCUAGCUGAUGGGCCGGUCUAAACCCAAUUACCCCUUGUAUGACCUCAUCCAGCAGGAGGCACAAUCAGAUCCAGAACUCAGCCGGAUCUGAUCCCAAUGGAGCAAGGAUCCCACUUUAGUGCCAGGGUAUUCUGUAACUGGUAUUACACUCUUCUAUAAAGGUCGUGUGGUAGUAGCCAGCAAAUCAGAGUAUCAGAAGGAGUUGCUCAAGCUAUUUCAUGACUCGGCUAUAGGUGGGCAUUCCGGGUUUCUCAGAACUUACAAGAGGAUAGCGAGCCACUACUACUGGAGGGGAAUGAGACGUAUGGUUCAGAGUUACGUGGCCUGUUGUGACAUAUGCCAGCAGCACAAGUAUAGCACCCAGUCUCUUGCAGGUCUACUUCAGCCCUUACCCAUUCCAGAACGAGUAUGGAAAGACAUUACCAUGGAUUUUAUUACCGGGUUGCCUAAAUCAGCAGGGAAGUCGGUGAUCCUGGUGAUUAUGGACCGCCUAAGCAAAUAUGCUCAUUUCUUGGCGCUACCACAGCCGUACACAGCUUCCACAGUGGCUCGAGCUUAUGUCCAGGAGGUAGCCAAAUUGCACGGCACUCUGAACUCUAUCUUGACCAACAGAGACCCCCUCUUUAUGAGCAAAUUCUGGGAUUCUUAUUUUUCUUCUCAAGGAGUACAUAUGCUUCACACCACCAGCUACCAUCCCCAGACAGAUGGACAGUCCGAGGUGGUCAAUCGUUGCCUUGAAACUUGCGUUGUUUCAUCAGAGAGAAGCCCAAGCAGUGGGCUUACUGGCUGCCAUGGGUCGAAUAUUGGUAUAACACCACAUACCAAGCUUCAGCAGGGACCACUCCAUUUAAAAUAGUUUAUGGGAGAGAUCCUCCAGCUGUGCUUCCGUACGAAAAGGGGACUUCUACAGUGGCUGAGGUAGAAGCCCAGUUAUUGGACAGAGAUGAGAUUUUGAGAUCCCUCAAGCUGCAUUUGCAGAAAGUCCAACAGCGCAUGAAGUUAACCUAUGAUCGCAAUCAUCGGGAGCUUGAAUUUGCAGUGGGGGAUUGGGUUUACUUAAGACUCCAGCAUUACUGACAAGCUUCGGUAGUCCGACAGGUAUGGCAGAAGCUAGCUCCCAAGUAUUUUGGCCCAUUCAUGGUGAUUGAACGAGUAGGGCAGGUAGCUUACAAACUGGAGCUUCCUAUUUCCUCAAAAUUACACCCAGUUUUUCAUGUCAGCAUGCUGAAGUUACACAGUUAACUGAAGACAGGGACAUAUUGAUUGAGCCACAACAAAUCAGAAAUAUAAGGUGGGUCAAAAUGGGCAAGAAGUUACACAAGCAGGCCCUGGUCAUGUGGAAGAACUUGCCACCAGAAGAUGCCACAUGGGAAGACUAUGACAAACUGAAAGACCAAUAUCCUCACAUCAACCUUGAGGACAAGGUUUUUCUUGAAGAGGGUGGGACUGAUAGGCCCUUGACUACCCAUUUGGGCCCAUCACAGGAGACCCAGGCCCACAACAUGCAGCAGCCAGGCCAAGCACGAGAGAAGCACUCGAUCUCCCAUGUGCAACCGCCACUGAGGUUUGUUUACGUGAGGAGGCCACGUCCCUCCAGUUAGUUAGCCGUCUCAGUCAAGCCAUGUGCAGGAGAGGCUGAAGAGAGGGUAUAAGCAUUGUAUUACCUCACCGAUUCUGGGCAAUGAAAAAUGAGACCCUACUGAUCUCCUCCAUCUCUCCUCUCUUCUUCCUUUCUCUUCUUCCUCUCCUCUACUCUACUCUGUUUUCAGGAGGGUGAGCUCCCUCGAACCAGCUCAGGUUUUCAGAAUAUCAAAGUGAACUUAUCAGAGAGAGAGAGAAGGAUACGUAGCAGAAGACAUAAAUAGGAAGUAUUAACAAAGAGGACUUUCCUUUUUUCUACCUGUAUUAGUGAGACUUUUCCUUCCUUGCCUUCCCUUCAGCACYUCUCUUUUCUUUUCUCCUUGUCUUUGCUUUUCUUAAGAAUCCCUUGUGAAAAUUUUCUCCGAAGAGUCUCUCCGUGUCUCUCUUAAGGAGCUUAAAUAGGGAGUGGGAUAGUUAUGUAACUACCUCCUCCUUCUAGGUGAAGGACACCUGUCCUCCCACUUAAAGAGAGGGAAUUCCCCACUCAAAGAGAGAGAACUCCCCACUUAAAGAGGGGGAACUCCCAUAUGGGAUACUUUUUAUAGUUUUAAUGAUUUGGCUAGCAGACUAGCUAACCCACUUAUUACAUAUUAUUUGAAUAAAAAAAAGACUUCAACACCCACAAAAUUAGAAACAGUAGGGAUCCUCUUUUAUAUUCAAUAUAAGAGUAAAAAAGAUAAAGAGUCUAGGAUUACUUGACUCUAGUAAGGAAGAUUUCUGUGGCAUGAACAGUAAUCCAAAAAUUAAUUUAGUCAAUUUCUGAUUUAUUCAUAUUGCAAAUAACAGAACUGAACUCUAGUCAAUUUCUGAUUUAAGUCAAAAGAACAGAGUUCAGGUAGUGAUCCUGGUCUUUAUUGAGCUACUAAUGACUUCAUUUAUACACCUAGGUCUAUUACUUACAGUCAAACAGAUUAUUGAUUACCCAAGUCUUAGAAUUGCAGCACUAAAUUUAACCAUUCUCCAAUAUCUCAGUAAGUGAUGCUGAUUCAACAAAGGCCAGCUGAAGUUAUGUCUGCUCUCACUGGAAUCAGAAUAAUAAAAAGAUUGGGCAUUCAGAACUUAUCCAUUGUAGAGAUUCUGCUAAUACUAUCAAAUGACUGAAGGACAAGGAGGGGGCCCCUUGGAGGUUGAGUCAUUAUCUGGCUGAGUCAAGAGACACCUUGGAAAGUACUACAAUAUAUUGUUUCCAGGAUGUGCUGUAUCAUUAUGGCUUUACUAAUUUCAUGUUAGGUUCUAUUUAAACUUUCAUGUUAAUAUAUGUCUUCUUUUCCUUGUGUCAUUUUGCAGUGGGGAUUAUGGUGAUGCUGUUACUCUAGCAACUUUGAAAGAUUUUCACAGGAGAAGGGUUCAGGUCUUAGCAGAAUCAGGUGCUGACCUAAUUGCAUUAGAAACAAAUCCGAAUAAGCUGGAAGCACAGUAUGAUUUUCAGGUGAAGCAAUUGGAGAUUAUACAUUUGAAAGUACCCUUUCUUGGUGAGGUGAUGGGAAAUAUCUUGCUACUUCAAGUAAAGAGCACAACUCUUCCUUGCAAAGAAAAAAUUUGGGAACGGGAUUCUGGGUCACUGCAUGCAGCUUCAGAAUUAAAGCCUUUCAUGGGAGUAGCCUUGGAUUGGAUGCCAAGUGGUGCCAAAAUAGCUGCAGCAUAUGACAGGAAAGCUGAAAACAAGUGCCCUCUGGUUGUUUUCUUUGAGAGGAAUGGGUUAGAAAGAAGCUCAUUUAGCAUCGGUGAGCCAAUAGAUACAACAAUUGAAGUCCUGAAGUGGAAUUGCACCUCAGAUCUUCUUGCAGCCAUUGCAAGAUGUGAAAGGCAUGGUUCUGUUAAGAUUUGGUCCUUCAGUAACAACCAUUGGUACUUGAAACAUGAAAUAAGAUACUUGAAGAAGGAUGGAGUGAAAUUCAUGUGGGACCCGACAAAGGCAUUGCGUUUGAUUUGUUUGACACUUGGGGGAAAGAUUACAGCCUACAACUUUGUUUGGGUAACAGCUGUGAUGGAGAAUUCAACAGAUUUGGUGAUAGAAAAUUUCAACAUACUGAUAUCACCUCUUGCUUUAUCUUUUAAUGCCACCUCCCUUGUAUUUAUUCAACCUGAAAUACUCUGCUGCUGUUCAAGAUAUGGCCUUUUUCCCCCAAAACAUUUAGCCAUGUGCUUAUCAAGUGGUAGUUUGUGUAUUGUAGAGAUUCCUGCCACUGAAACUUGGGAAGAGUUGGAGGGCAAAGAAUUCAACAUUGUACAUAGCUGUUCGGAAGUGGAAUUUGGGUCCUUGAUUCAGAGGAGUGGAUGCAUCAUAGGUUGCUGCCACAAGAGCUCCAUGAGCGAGUUAGACGUAUGAUCAUUACAAGUGGUUGGAAACACGAGGGGUGGAUGAAGAGAGCUUGGUUCUGACCCUAGAAGGGCUAGGGGCAGACCCAAAAAGGAAUCAUUCUCACAUAAAAAAUCAUGGGAGCUACCUCCACUGAUCUGGGGAAAAACCAAGCCUAGGACUGGGUCUGUAACUAUAGGCUGAAAUUGAAAAUUGAUUAUAUUCUUUGGUGCUUGUAGCAAAUGAUAGUGAUUGGUUUCUCUCCUGUUUUUUACUUACAAAGGGUUAAUAGAAUUAACUAUUGAAAUUACUCAAUAAGUGGCAUGAGCCUUUCCUAAGAACUACAGACUCUCUGAUCUAGAUCCAAAAUCUGGAUAGCUGUAGCGUUCAAGCCAUGAAAGAGAUGUCGGAAUAAAUUGGACCGUUGAUGGUAGGUGGAUGCUUAGCAUUUUGCUCGUGCAGUUUUGUGGGUCCUAUUUAUUGAGCCAAACUGAUGAUUUGGUAGAACAUCCAAGCAGGUUUACCAGUGUAUGUUAAGUGAGUAGGGUUUAUCAAAAAUGAUAUUCCCAUUGUAUUACUUGGUUUGAACUUUUCAGUUUGGUAUUGACUUUAUCUCUUGGUUUGGUUGGUGGUCAUGCAGGCCUAUGUUGAACUUCUCGAGGGAGAUGACAUACAGAUUCCAGCAUGGUUUUCAUUCAAUUCUAAGGAUGGUGUCAAAUGUAGUUAGUGGAGAUUCUUUUCUUGAAUGUGCAUCUGAUGCUGAUUCAUGUAAGAAGGUUGUUGUUGUUGUUGGAAUUAACUGCACUUCUCCAAGGUUUCUUCAUGCAGGAAUCUACUGGAGUGCGAGAUGAAGAUUUUAUUUCAUAUGUAAGUAAAUGGUGUGAGGCCGGGGCUUCCCUCAUAGGAGGCUGCUGCAGAACAACACCAAAUGCCAUUAGAGCCAUAUCUAGAGUACUAUCCAAGUAGUCUUCUGUCUUACCAUCACUACAGUAGUAACAAUUCAUCGGCUAAGAGUCCUAUUUUUAGAGAGAGAGAGAGAGAGAGAGAGAGAUGUAAAUAUACGUCAAGGCAGAAGUAGAAAAGGGCUGGAAUUUGAAGUUUUCCUUGUCGCUUGUUUUUUUUGGUUGCUUGUAAUACAUUAUCAGACUCUUGAUUAACUGUGAGGUUGGAAUUUUACAAAAUA